GGCGCCGGCGGAGCUCCGGGAGGCUGCUGCGGGCGGCGGCGCGGGCGGCCCGCCGGUAUUUUCUCCACUUUGAGCUGGUGAAGAAUGGGAGAGCUAGAAGGAACAUACAGAGUCCUGCAGACUGCAGGCACACGCCUUGGGAGCCAGACCCCUGUGGGUGUGAGCACCCUGGAGCCAGGGCAGGCACCGUCAUCCAGAGUGCAGGACAAGUGUCUGCACAUCCGCGUGAAGCUGCUGGACAACACCCUGGAGAUGUUUGACAUUGAGCCUAAAUGUGACGGCCAGAACUUGCUCACACAAGUGUGGAAGCAUUUGAAUCUGAUCGAAUGUGACUACUUUGGGUUGGAGUUUCAGGACAUUCAGUCCCGCUGGAUUUGGCUUGAACCUAUGAAACCCAUCAUUAGACAAGUACGAAGGCCAAAGAACACAGUGCUUCGCCUGGCUGUAAAAUUUUUCCCACCUGAUCCUGGUCAGUUGCAAGAAGAAUAUACCAGGUACUUGUUUGCCUUGCAACUAAGAAGGGACCUUCUGGAGGAGCGCUUGACCUGCACUGCCACCACUGCAGCCCUGCUCAUUUCCCACCUUCUCCAGUCCGAAAUAGGAGAUUAUGAUGAAACUCUGGACCGAGAGCACCUCAGAUCCAACAAGUACUUGCCCACCCAGGAGCACCUUUUGGGAAAGAUACUAGACUUCCAUCAGGGACACACGGGCCAGACGCCUGCUGAGUCCGAUUUCCAGGUACUGGAGAUUGCUAGAAAGCUGGAAAUGUAUGGCAUCAGGUUUCACACAGCUUCUGACCGGGAGGGGACCAAGAUCAACCUGGCAGUCUCUCACAUGGGUGUCCUCGUAUUCCAGGGGACCACCAAAAUAAAUACCUUCAACUGGUCCAAGGUCCGUAAACUAAGCUUCAAGAGGAAAAGAUUUCUUAUCAAACUCCACCCGGAGGUCCAUGGAUCCUACCAGGACACAUUAGAAUUCUUGUUGGGAAGCAGAGAUGCGUGUAAGAAUUUCUGGAAGAUUUGUGUGGAGUACCACACCUUUUUCAGACUUUUUGACCAGCCUAAGCCGAAGGGAAAAGCUGUCUUCUUCAGCCGAGGCUCUUCCUUCAGAUACAGUGGAAGAACUCAAAAACAAUUAGUAGACUAUGUCAAAGAUGGUGGAAUGAAGAGAACUCCAUAUGAAAGGCGGCACAGCAAGACCCGAACAUCUUUCCGUGCUCUGGCUGCAGACAUGCCCAAACAGAGCAUCUCAUUCACCGAGGGCUUCAGGACUUCAGCCUCCUUGUCUUCAGCAAAUGCCUCCUUUUACCCGCUCUCCACCUCCCCUUUGGCUCCUCCUGGUCUGCCCAAUUCCAAAGACAGCAGCUACUCCCUUGAAGAUCCUCAGGCUGCCUACAUCAAGAGUGCAGCAGCAGAGAGGAGUGGAGGAGCCGUGGCCGACAGCCCCAGCAGUCAGUCCGCCUACCUCCCUGGACCCCCUGCGCUCCAGCCUGGUCCAGGCCUUUCCAUGGACAGUCCUCAGCCUCCACCCUCAAGCCAGAGGAGCCUGCAGAGCCUGAGCCCUGCGCUUCCGGCGGGCCUGGGCCCGGCCGAGCAGGCCUUGUCCCCUGUUGUGAGCCCUGUCCUUAGCAGUGCUGGUAGAAGGUGGAUGGAUGACCAAGAGGAGCUGAAACACAAGCGUGUGCCAGAAGAUGAGGCCUAUUUCAUAGCAAAGGAGAUCCUCUCGACAGAGCGGACAUACCUGAAGGAUUUAGAAGUCAUUACUGUGUGGUUCCGCAGUGCCGUGGUCAAGGAGGACGCCAUGCCUGCAGCCCUCACGACGCUGCUCUUCUCCAACAUCGAUCCUGUCUACGAGUUCCACAGAGGCUUCCUCCACGAGGUGGAACAGAGGCUGGCACUCUGGGAAGGGCCCAUCAGUGCCCAGGUGAAAGGCGAUCACCAGCGAAUUGGGGACAUCCUGCUCAGAAACAUGCGUCAGUUAAAGGAGUUCACCAGUUACUUCCAAAGACAUGAUGAAGUCCUGAUGGAACUGGAAAAGGCUUCCAAGGGCUGCCGGAAGUUGGAGGCCGUGUAUAGAGAGUUUGAGCUCCAGAAGGUCUGCUACCUGCCCCUCAACACAUUCCUGCUGAAGCCAGUUCAGCGGCUGGUGCACUACCGCCUGCUGCUCAGCCGGCUGUGUGCUCACCACCCACCCGGACACCCGGACCACGCCAACUGCCGCGACGCCCUGAAGGCCGUCACCGAGGUGGCCUCUGCGCUCCAGCACAGCCUGGCCCGCAUGGAGCACCUGCAGAAGCUGGCGGAGCUGCAGCGGGGCCUGGCGGGCAUAGACAACCUCGUUGCUCCUGGCAGGGAGUUCAUCCGUGAGGGUUGCCUCCGCAAACUUACCAAGAAGGGACUGCAGCAGAGGAUGUUCCUUCUGCUCUCAGACGUGUUGCUGUACACAAGCCAAGGUGUCACAGGGACCGGCCGCUUCCAGAUCCGGGGCCUCCUCCCACUCCGAGGCAUGCUGGUAGAAGAAAGUGAAAGCGAGUGGUCUGUUCCUCACUGCUUCACCAUCUACGCAGUUCAGAAAACGGUGGUGGUGGCCGCCAGCACCCAACUAGAGAAGGAGAAGUGGACGCAAGACCUGAGUACAGCCAUCCAAGCAGCUGAGAGCAGCAGCAACCCACCACCAGAACUGGCCAGAGGCCCCACAUGCACCCACAGCCCCAGAUCCUCCGACGAGCUCUCUCUGGAGCAGGAGUCAGAAGAGGAUGCCCCAGGCACCCGAGGAUCCCUGGAGGGGCCAGGCCAACACCGGACCAACACCACCAUGCAUGUGUGCUGGUACCGGAACACAAGUGUGUCUAGGGCGGACCGCAGUGCGGCUGUUGAGAACCAACUUUCAGGAUAUCUGCUGAGAAAGUUCAAGAACAGCAAUGGCUGGCAGAAGCUCUGGGUAGUCUUCACCAACUUCUGCUUGUUCUUCUACAAAACCCACCAGGAUGACUACCCCCUUGCCAGUCUCCCGCUGCUGGGUUACAGUGUGAGUGUCCCUAAAGAAGAGGACAGCAUCCACAAAGACUACGUCUUCAAGCUUCAGUUCAAGUCCCAUGUCUACUUCUUCCGAGCCGAGAGCAAGUACACAUUUGAGAGGUGGAUGGAGGUGAUUGAGAGGGCCAGCAGCUCACCGGGAAGGCCCCCAAGCUCCACGCAAGACUGCCUGUGUCCCUCCCCAGGACUGCAGGGGACAGUCAGAGAAAAGGAGUGAUGCCCCUGGCCAGGACGGGGGCUACCAGGAGGGCCGAGGGCAUGAAGUGACCCGGCUUCAGACACUCAAGGCAUGGGUCCACAUCGCUUCAGACAAGCCCUGAAGCCCGUACCCAGGCUGUGUGGUGAGUCCCACUGCCCUGCGGCUUCUGAGGGAAUUCCUGCCCAGAGCCUCGUAGCCUGGCCUACAGAAAGAUGAGAGUCCAGCAACGGCUACUCUGGACCCCACCAGCAUAACGAGAGGUCAAGACUCACGUUCCCUGUGACCUAGAAGGGCAAGGUCUCCACCCUGUCAGCCCCAGUGCUCCUAGCCGGAAGUGUGCGCUUACAACUGCACUUAUGUAAGUUACAGUAAACCACCUCAGCUGGGGGCUGUGGCCACACCUGGAAUCCUAGCUACUCUGGAGGCCGAGAUCUCAGGAUCUCUGUUCAGAGCCAGCCUGGGAUGGGAAAGU